UAGCGCAGUUUAUGUUUCGGCGACACUGCGCACUCGCACACUUCCUCAGUGACAACUCUGCAAAAGUAGAAUGGGUAUUAUUUCUUGAUGCUGACAUUGGAGUUGUAAAUCCAACACGUAUGGUGGAGGAAUAUUUGCCACAGAAUAUUAUGCGAGAUGGAAAAAUACAAUCGCUUCCUGAUCUCGUCUUCUACGAGCGAAUAUUUAAUGGUGAAUUUGUUGCUGGCAGCUAUAUCGCCAGAAAUACAGUAGCAACAAUCAAUUUCCUACAUUUCUGGGCCGAUUACUUUUACAAAUUACCAUGGAGUUGGCAUGGCACAGAUAAUGGCGCAAUCCACGCCGUUUUCUUGGAUCGCUUCUGUGGUGAUGGCUGCUCUUCACGACGUUUCAUCUGCAUGAAACUUUGGCAGCGUUCAAGAGAUGAUGAUGGUCUUAGGCUUUUUACCGAUUGUGCAAGAAGCGCAUUAGGAAAACGGAAUUUGUUUUUAGAAGAAAAGGAAGGAAGAUCCACAAGUCUCCUCUUAUUGACAGACUUUAGGCAGUACUGGGCGCGUGACAUUUGGCUUACUGGAAGCGAGUGGAACGAGAAGCGUGACUUCUUCCUCCACGGCUUCAAAAGAAAAUGGCAAAACUCCACGAAAUGGGGUGGGUGGUUCUCACCGUUUAACUUGGACAACGCCAAUCUUGCAAGUGAAAUGACAACGAUUAAUUGUGCCAAAAUCGGUAGCCAAGUUAAAAAUCUAUGGAAAUACGAAUCAAGAUUCAUGAUAAGUAUGGAGAAAUUGGAUACAAAGUUAUUUGCGCAUGUACGAGAGAUGCGAAUGCAACAAAUGGAUUAUUGGAGGAGGGUAGAGGAGUAUGCACUUGAAGAAUGGAAAGAUGCGACAACAACUCUCUAG